AUCAAGAUGUCGUCCACAGAAACACAGAUGAGAUGUUUAGAAUUAGAUAUCCUCCGUGACCAGAAAAAACCAGACGAAGAUCAACAAUGCAGAGAGCUUUUCAAGUACAUUCUUGAUGGAAAACAUGAAAGUGCAUUAAGCCAUUCCAUUGCUGAAAGAAUUUUGAAGAGAAACAAAGGCGUCAAGAACUGCAUUGAAACCAUCAUAAAAGAAAACGUCGACAACUUUUUUAAUGAUUUUGCAGAGGAAAACAGAUUUUCCAGUGAGCUUGAGUUACUCUGUGUGGCCAUAUCCUGCUUACAGUUGUUUGUACAGGGUAACUGGACUGGGCCACCUCUUCAGUCUGUGCCAUCUGAUUAUCUUCCCGAGAUUUUUUCUUCACCAGAACAGUUUAAAAAGCUACACAACUAUGUUUUGGAGGAGCUGUCUAUGGAUGGGGAGCCAGUCUAUGAUAAAUGUCUACGUAUUGAACUGUUGUUUGUGGCCCGCUUUAUCUUGCUGGAUUGUAGAGAACAUCUCAAAAACCUUCAGACAGCAGACUGGUGGCUGUUGAGGUGUAUCUCUGUCCUACAGCAGGUGUUGGAUGAUAGAUCUCCUACACUAAAGGAGACGACACUAGAACUCAUAGACAGAGUCUCAAAGUUGGAACCAUUACUUACAGAUGACAAAAGCAGAGAUCUUGCCACACAGUUCCGACUGGAAGCAGGAUAUUGUACCAUGUACUACUACGAGUACAAUAUGGCUCAUGAACAUUUCAUGGCAGCCAAAAAAAAUGCUGGUCUGGACAUUGAAUUAACAGGUGCCAUGGGAAAAAGGACCCGCUUCCAGCAGGAUGCUAAGGCUCAGCUGGUACUUAAAGUCAAAAAGGAUUCUUUGCAGGCUUCCCCAUGUGGAGAAGAGUUAAUACCAUCUCCAGAGAAUAUCAUCUUGCCAAAAGACCUACUCUUAGGUGAUGAGACAGUGCUUGAAGCCAUCAAAUUUGAAGAUGAUGAACACUUUGCUGACACCAUUUCACCAGUAGACCAGGCUGUAGUUGUAGGGGUGAUGGAGGACUAUAGACGAAGCCGGGCUAGCUAUGAAAGACUGACAGAAGAGGAGUUAGAGGCCUAUACAUCUUGUGUGCUGGCCCAAGUGAAGUGCUGGUCAACAUCUGUUCACUGCCUGGUCUUAAGGUCAACCUUACAGAAGGGCAGCUGUCGGCGCGUGGAAAGAUCCAUGAUGCAAGUUGAGGAGAUAGUUAACCAGAUAAAUCGACCAGAACCUCCAGCCCAGCACAGACUCCACCUGUUUUACUGCCACAGAGUUCAAUCUUCAUGGAUGAUCAAGAUGGACCUUGCAGAUCUCCUAUUGAGCAUUGGAGCAGUGGGAUCUGCCCUGGAUGCUUAUGAACAGUUACAGAUGUGGGAACAGGUCAUUGCUUGUUACAAACGUCUUGGCAAAAUGGAAAAGGCUGAGGAUGUGAUCAGAGAACAGUUAGCAAUAAAAGAAACAGCAAGUCUGUUGUGUUAUCUCGGUGAUGUGACAAGGGACAUUACUCAUUAUGAAAAAGCAUGGGAGUUGUCCAAUCACAAAAGUGCCCGCGCUAUGAGGUGUCUGGCAUAUCACUACUUCGCUCAUGAAGAUUAUGAAAAGAGCUUGGAAUGCUUUGAUAAAUCCCUGAAAAUUAACUGUCUACAGGUGCCCGUCUGGUUUACCUGUGGAUGUACCGCUCUGUCAGCACAGAAGUAUGAAAAAGCUGUGCAUGCCUUCAAAAUGUGUGUCAACAUUGAUUAUGAUAAUUACGAGGCUUGGAACAACAUGGCAACGGCUUAUGUCCAACUGAAAGAAAGGGAGAAAGCAUUGACGGUUUUGAUGGAAGCUACCAAGUACAGUUAUGAGAACUGGAAGCUAUGGGAGAACGUCCUCAUAGUUGCAACAGAUUGUGGUGAUGUGGCGAAUGCCAUACUGGCUUAUAACAGACUCCUUGAUAUAAAAGUCAAGUGGGAUGACGGUGAGGUACUGAGUACUCUGGUUCAGGCGGUGACUGAAAACUACACAGAUGCUGAUGGACUUCCAGGCUCCAAACACAUACCAGAGUUACUGACAUUAUUUGGUAGAACUACUUCCAAGGUCUCUAACAAUGCUGAGAUAUGGAAAGCUUAUGCCAAGCUGACAGCUUAUAGUAUGGGAGGGAAAGAAGAAAAACAUGAAGUGGUGUUACAGUACCUACAGAAGGCCUACAGGUGUGUCACUCAGGACCCAAAGUGGGAACAAACUACAGACAGGUGUAAAGAAAUUGCUGACCAGGCACUGGAGCUAGCUGAAAGGUAUGAGGAAUGUUGCAGUAAAGCAGAGAGCUCCACCAAGGCUAUCCAGAUGUUGUCCUCCGCGAAGUUAAUGGUCAAAGGUGUCCUGACAAAAAUCAAGAAACAACAUACAGACGAGGUGACGGAGGUACUGGAUACUGCAGUAGUUGAACACUGCUCAAAGUUGGAAGUAAAACUGCAAGAAAUAAUUUCAAAAGUGACGGAGUUAAAAGGAAGCUGAUCUGGAUAAUUGAGAACUCUUUUGAACAUCAGCUAUAUAAAUAAAUAUCU